CCGGCCGCCAACACCGGCAGCACUUUUUCGCGGUAAAAUCAUAAACUGAAAUGUGCAUCUGAUGUCGAUUGGAGCUACUCUGCACGCUAACGUGUAGCUAACAGCUGUAGCUAGCAUUUAGCACCCGCUUUGUGGAGAGGAUUAGCUUGUCGUUGUUGCUAUGAAGUGAAAGCAUAGCUAACGUUAGCAUCGAGACCUACUGAAGUUUUAUCAUCUACAUUUUUGCAUUGAUUAACAACGAAGGUAGACAACUCAAAACAAUGACUCAAGUAAACGGAGAAAGCCUAAAAUCAGAGCUGGAAGUGUUCGACAUAUCCUGCCAAGAUGACGCCAUCCUCGAUAAGAUGGUGGAGCAGUGUAUUUGUAACAGGAUCCAGGCGGAUGAGAUGGUGCUGGAGUGGGUGGCCUACAGCACCACAAAAAAUGGACUAAAACUCUCUAUGGACACCCUGGAACAAUUUGAACAUGAGGUGUUAAAUAAGAAGAAUAAAUCCAAACAAAGCUUCAGGAAAGAAGAGACUCAUAACAGAACCAGAGAUAUCCACACAUUACAGGACCUAAUGAAAGUAGAGGAAGAGGAGGAGAAUCUACUGGAUGCUUACUCUACUCCUGCUAAGGGCUCUCAGAAGCGAGCACUGACCACUCCUGAACACCCUCAUUCAAAAAGAACUGCAGCUCUGCUGGCCAGCCCGGGCCUGCUGCUGUCACCUGCCAGCUUCUCUCCCAGUGCAACGCCAUCCCAGAAGUACAGCCAGCGAGGAGGAAAAGGGGAGGUGGUGGUUACAUUCGGAGCCGUGCAGGGCACCCGCUGGGCAGGCAGGAAGGGCGCAGGCGUCCAGCUGGAGCUGCUGGAAGGGCCUGAAGACUCUCUCCAGUGCAGCUACAAGUACAUGUUUCAGAGGCUGCGCGAUGUUCGAAAUGUGUUAACAGAGAAGAUAGAGGAGCUUGGUGACAGCCUGAAGUCUCACUUCAACAUCGAAGAGUUCUCCCCCGUCUCUCUGCCUGCUCAGGACAGUAUAACAGUGCUGGGUCAGAUUUGCUGUGACAGUAAUGGCAAACUGAAUGCACAGUCGGUUCUGCUGGAGGCAGGACCAGAGCAGGGCGGUCAGCAAGUGCCUGUUGACCUAUCAGAGCUUAAAGACUACUCCCUGUUUCCUGGUCAGGUGGUGGUGAUGGAGGGGAUGAACACGACCGGAAGAAAAAUGAUGGCGUCGAAACUCUAUGAGGGAGUUCCUCUUCCUUUCUACACUUCUGAGGUGAAAAUGGAAACGGAUGAAGAGCCAAUAAAUGUACUGGUGGCAUGCGGGCCGUACACUCCCUCUGACAGCCUGAACUUUGACCCUCUGCUGGACCUAAUCAGUGUCAUUGUCAGAGAUCGUCCUGAUGUCUGCCUGCUGCUGGGCCCAUUUGUGGAUUCCAAACAUGAACAAAUUGAGAAGGCCCAGGUGACCGAGACGUUUGAGGCCAUUUUCUCAAGAUGCAUCGAGAGCAUUGUGGAUGGCACCAGAAGUGUUGGCUGCCGCCUGGUGUUUGUGCCCUCUCAGAGAGACAUCCACCAUCAUUUCAUCUACCCACAGCCUCCCUUCACGCUGCCAAACCUCGGCAAGGACCAGGCCCAGCGUGUCACCCUCGUCCCUGACCCCUGCACCCUGCUGAUUGAUGGUGUGACCUUUGGCGUGACGUCCACUGACAUCUUGUUCCACAUGGGCGCAGAGGAGAUCAGCUACGGCACUGGAUCAGACAGAUUUUCCCGCAUACUGAAACACAUGCUGACCCAGAGGAGUUACUACCCUCUGUAUCCACCUGUGGAGGAGGUGAACAUGGACUACGAGAAGUUCCAGAGCUUCGGUCAGAUGCCGCUGACCCCUGACGUCCUCAUUGUUCCCUCUGAGCUGCGCUACUUUGUUAAGGACGUGGUCGGCUGUGUAUGCGUCAAUCCUGGACGGCUGACCAAAGGCCAGGUGGGCGGGACCUAUGGCAGGAUGCUCAUUCAGCGCAGCACUGCAUCAGAGGAUGGACAGAGAGUGAGCCCCUGUUUGGCUGCUCAGGUGGUGAAAAUCUGAGAGGAAAUUAAGACUUUGAAUGCUCAUCACCAGAAAUGAGCCAGAUGAACAGGAACAGUGUGCUUUGCUCUCCAGGCACGCUGAUGUAAGAUAUGUUAAAAUAAAAACACAAACACAACAAUUCACUGUAAUGUUUCAACCGUCGUGCCCUUUGGUUUAUUUUUAUAUGACAAACAUGUCUGUGGUGGAAUAUAAAACACAGCAGCAAUAACAAUCUCUUCAAUAAACCGUCACUCUUUGUA